GUUGUAUUGACUAGUUUCCAAGUCACAGUCAUCUCCUAUUAUCCUUUUUUUCGCCUCUGAAACACAACCGUGCUGUAUGAACCAACCCUCCAGCGGUAUCCGAAGGAAUCCCUGUAUUGAAUGCCGGGAACAUAAGCGACGCUGCAGCUACGACCAACCUUGUCAAAGAUGCAUAAAGUACGAAGUAGAAUGCCGAUACAUACAGUUGCCUUCGCCAGCCGAUCAGGAAUACCUGCAACAAAUCCGAUUACUGCAAGAUGUAGAAACACUCGAAGAUAGUCUGGCCACCAUUGAAAAGGAAUUGAAUCGAAUACAGAUGCAAUCGAACCGACGCCAUGAGCACAAAAAACGGCGUCAAUCCAUAGACACGCCGAGUCGACGAUCCACUAAUCCAGUCAUUGCACAAAGCGGUCGGUAUGCUGCGUCGCUGGUCCAUACAAAAGAUACCAAGCCUUGGACAUUAACUGUCAAUGACGGACAUUUGAGCAUCAGUACCAGCAUCGCAACGCAUGCCGAUCUUUUAGCUAAUUUGCAACACAUGAUUACAACGCUGGCGUUUCAGGAUCAUGUCCCCAUGCCGUUCCAACGUUAUACCGAGCCCGAUCCCAUCUUGAGCAUUCUACGAUUACUCGUAUGGCAACACUAUGGCAAAUCACGAUUCAAGAUUCUUGUGCGAGGCAUUCACUUGAGCUCGCUUCACCGUGGCACGGUCGAUAAAAGUGUCAUGCCGACGGAUUCGCUGGUCUCCUUGACAACCAAACUCCUCCGUACUUACACCAGUUGCUUGCAUUUACAACACGUCGCCAUUCAUAUUCCUACAUUUAUCAACACUAUUUUGCGCAAACAUGCGUCGAUUCUACACUCACCCGCGCUCAUGGCCUUGUGCGCCGCUAUUUGUUCGCUUAAUUGUCGGCACGUGGCCGCACUGAUACCUACGGUGCAUCUGGCGGUUUACAGCGAAUACUAUUUCCAGCAGGCGCACGAACUCUUGCAAGAUACGUUUGAUGAUCCAUCCAUUGAGACGUUUGCGGCAUACAUCUUUAUGAGCUUCUAUAAAGUACAGACCGCCCAAAUACGGGACAGUAUCCUUUACGCGGAGAUGGCCGAACGUGUGUCUCAUCUGCUCCGAGCUCAACGGACCACCAAUACAUCAUCAUCAGCUGAUGGAUUAAUUGUCUUGCAACAACGUCUGUUUCGGUUUUUGCUCUACAGCAAAACCAUUGCUCACCUUGCUGCCUCCAAUUCCGGUAAUCCAGGUUAUACAAGCUCGCCCGAUAUGGUGUACUAUCACUUUCACGAAACCAAAGAUAUUCUGGGGGUACACGAGGGCGACACGAUGGAAGAAGCGCGCCAUUUGCAGUUGUACAAGUACAUGCAUCACUUGCAGCGAAGUGUCGACGCUUUCAUGCGCAAUGGCGAUUUUGACGAUAAAGACACAUUUUUUGGGACCUUUUCGCACCAACUGGAAAUGAUUAUUCGCCAUUGGUAUUCGUCGUUGCCGCCAUCCUUUAGAUUAUCGCUGCCCCUCUUCCAGAAAAUCGGGGAUGACCGCGGAUUUUUCGAACUAUUGGAGCGAGAAUGUUCUUCGAACCCUUUGCCUAUUUUAAGCACCAUCAAGGUGUACAGCGAAUACCUGGUGAUGGCGAAAUCGAAAUUACCAAAACAGCCGAAUGAGACUGGCGAGCAAGCGGCCAUGUUGCAAUACUUUGAAAAUGACGAUGACGAAUUUGAUCCCAGUGUUAUCCGGGGCUCACCACGUGGCAGUGGUGAUACGCGCUUGAAACAUAUUCGAUACUGCCAAGAGUAUAUCCAAUUUGACGGCACCGACGAGGAAUUCAUUGAAGCUUGCAUAUCGGCGUUCCGUAUUGGGGUGUCCAAUAUCGAUCAGACCGCGUUGGAUGUAGCGAUUGAUACCGCGAUUCAGGUGAUUCGAUUAUUACGGUUCAUGCGCAUGAAACCUUACGCUUGCUUUUUCGAUUAUCGGGCUGCGGUGAUUGCUUGGGGAAUUUUAUUGCGGGCAUUGAGAUACAAUGGACAGCAACCAUUUCGGGACGGUGUGACGGCGGAUCGUAUCCUUGCCAACCUGAUCUUGUGUCUCAAACUGAUGCGAGAUGAAGUGAGUCUGAUGCCACAUAUUUUAUCCUUGCGACACGCAGCAGAUCGAAUGGAGAAACAAUUAAACGACUGUACAGAUAACCAUAAUAAUAAUAAAAGAAGUACUAGUGACAGUGGUGAUAGUGGGAUGACUUGUUUUUUAUAACAG